AUGGGUAUCAUAAGCCUCCGCCACACCAAGCCCUUCGACAAUCUAGUAGUAGUAGUAGUCGUCCUCGUCGAUGUCGCGAGCCUCGAGGAAGUCGAGGUCGUCAAAGAUGUCGCGGGUCUCAAGGUACUCGUCGUCAAAGUCACGGGCCUCGAGGAGGUCGAGGUCAUCGUAGAUAUCACGGGCCUCGAGGAGGUCGAGGUCGUCGUAGAUAUCACGGGCCUCGAGGAGGUCGAGGUCGUCGUAGAUGUCACGGGUCUCGAUGUACUCGUCGUCAAAGUCACGGGCCUCGAGGAGGUCAAGGUACUCCAGGAUGUCACGCUCCAUCAUAGGAGCGGCGGCGCCGGGGAUGUUGGUCUUCCUGCCGUUGGCGCGGGCCUCAAUGUCUCGCUUGGCGGGGUUCAGGAGGCCAGCAACGCCAGUAGCUGCGUUGACACCACCAAUGACGUUGUUUAA